AUGAAAAAAGGCUACGUUCACAUCUUGUUAAUACUGCAAUUUGUGUGGUCAGGCAGUGCAAGCUUCUCAGAAUUGAAUAAUUCGGAUCCCAAAUUCAGUGGCCCCAUCAGCAAUGUAACGGUGCCCGUGGGACGCGAUGCUCUCCUCACCUGCAUCGUUCAUGAUCUCGUCAGCUACAAGGUGGCCUGGCUGCGUGUGGACACCCAGACCAUAUUAAGCAUACAGAACCAUGUCAUUACCAAGAACCAUCGCAUUGCCAUCACUCACACGGAGCAUCGCAUUUGGCAGUUACGUAUACGCGAUGUACACGAAUCGGAUCGCGGAUGGUACAUGUGCCAAAUAAACACCGAUCCGAUGAAGAGCCAAAUGGGCUAUUUGGAUGUGGUUGUGCCGCCCGACAUUGUUGACUACCAGACCAGCCAGGAUGUGGUGCGCGCCAGUGGUCAAAAUGUGACACUCACGUGCAGUGCAACAGGUGUGCCACUACCGACAAUCACCUGGCGACGCGAGGAAAAUGCGCCGCUCUGGCUGCCCACUGAACACGGCGAUGAGCAGGUGGACGAGAUCUACAGUUUGGAGGCUCAGAAUCUGACACUGUGGCAACUUCAGCGCGUCCACAUGGGCGCCUAUCUGUGCAUCGCAUCUAACGGGGUGCCGCCAACGGUCAGCAAGCGCGUCAUGUUGGUUGUCAACUUUGCGCCAACCAUUUGGACGCGCUACGAUACCAUUUAUGUGGGUCUGGGCCAGAAGCUGACGCUCGAGUGCAUCAGCGAAUCGCAGCCGGCAUCGAUUAAUUUCUGGAUCAAGGAUAAGGAGCUUCUGCAGGGCGGCACCUACGACUCCAUGGUCGUCGAUCAUGUGCAUCGCAUCGUGAUGCGGCUCACGCUGCGAGCGCUGACAAGGCGAGAUUUUGGCGAAUACAAAUGCAUUGCCCGGAAUGCUUUAGGAGAGACAGAGCGCAGUAUUAUAUUACAUCAUAAGGCCAAAAAGCAUGUGCAACACUCGCAUCAGACCUCAACACGCGACAAUCAGUUUAUCGUCAUUGAAGAGUACAUAGCAAAUAUGGCAACAACCCAUAUUGACUGGCUGGCAAAUAUUAUUAAUGGUGUCUGCAUCAUAAUCCUGAUUUUGUUCAAUAAAAUUUUAUGUUUUUGA